UCAUCCAUCAACCGAUAUCAUCAUCAUCAUCAUCGUAUUCGUAGUGAUCCCAUUCCAACGAAGCAAACUACAACAUGUCCACUACAUCAAAAUGCCACCAUGUCACACGUGUAUAACAACACACCUACGUGUACGAACUGGGGUCUCGCCACGUGUCCAUCCAUGAACUUCCCCUGUUCCUCUUCUCUCUGUUAGUCUGUUCAUUGCUCUGUUUCACAGAGAAGUUUCCCCUGUUUCUUCUUCUUCUUCUUCUUCUUCUUCUUCCUUGAUACUCUGCAUUGUGAUUCUAUCACCAAUGGGGUUCUCACUCAGGACCAAGAGUUUUGGGUUUAUAGAAGGAGAGGCUGCUGCAGUUGCAGUUAACUCUAACUGGUGGAACGAGAUUGAUGAAUCAGAUCAAUGGCAGAGAAGCAUUUACUAUACCCUUUGUGCCGCUUAUGCAUGUGUUUCCUUUGUUGCCCUGGUGCAAUUGGUGCGCAUUCAAAUGAGAGUACCUGAAUAUGGGUGGACAACGCAGAAGGUUUUUCACUUGAUGAAUUUUGUUGUCAAUGGAUUGAGAGCUGUCCUUUUCGGCUUAUACCAAAGUGUUUUUGCCAUUAGACCAAAGGCACUGGAGCAGGUGGUGAUGGAGGUUCCUGGUCUUCUUUUUUUCUCUACAUAUACAUUGCUUGUCUUGUUCUGGGCUGAGAUAUAUCACCAGGCAAGAAGUGAACCAGCACAUAAACUCAGACCUGCUUAUUUUAUUGUCAAUGGAUUUGUUUACUUUGUACAGGUUUGCCUCUGGAUUUACAUGAGCGUAAGUAAAACUGCCACUGGCAUUGAAGCUGCUAAGCUCUUACUUGCAGUAAUAUCAUUCUGUGCUGCUCUUGGAUUUUUGUUGUAUGGUGGAAGGUUGUUUUUCUUGUUGAGGCGCUUCCCCAUUGAAUCUCGAGGUCGCCAAAAGAAGCUUUAUGAGGUUGGGUCAGUCACAACUAUUUGUUGCACUUGUUUCCUGAUAAGAUGUGUUUUGCUUGCAAUUUCUGCAUUUGAAGAGGAUGCAGAUCUUGAUGUCUUGGAUCAUCCCAUUCUUAACUUAGUAUAUUAUUUGUUGGUAGAAAUUGUUCCAUCCGCGUUGGUGCUCUUCAUCCUACGAAAGCUGCCCCCAAGACGAGUUUCUGAUCAGUAUCACCCCAUUAGAUGAGUUGUGUAUUCUAAAUUCUCUCGGCAGCCAACAAUUUUCUUUGUUCCUUUUUCAAUAGAUCUUUUUCACUGUCUGAGCUGGUCCAUAAUCCUUCAAAUACUGUUUGUACAUUCAUAAUUUUAUUUUAUUAAAUUAACUUCAAUCAUUCUCUAGAACACAAACCUGCCAAUUUUCUCUCUUGGAUUUGUAGACAAAUUAUUCUGUUCUUCUAAAGGAGAAACGUAACAAGAAAACAGAAUCUUGUAAACUUUGCAC